CAGAGCGAGGACUGACGGUAACGACCCAAUCCUGGAGCUGCGCUGCGAAAGGGGCGGGGACAAAUGGUUCAGGUGGCUAGAACUACCCUGGUGGAGCUCGUUUGUUGCUGCUACUGCUGUACUGGGAGUCUGGUGGCCGGGCGAAAAGCCCUCUCAGAUUUAAGGGGAGUCAUGAGCCGUUUCCUGAAUGUGUUAAGAACCUGGCUGGUUAUGGUGUCCAUCAUAGCCAUGGGGAACACACUACAGAGCUUCCGAGACCACACCUUUCUUUAUGAAAAGCUCUACACUGGCAAGCCAAACCUCGUGAAUGGCCUCCAAGCUCGGACCUUUGGGAUCUGGACACUGCUCUCAUCAGUGAUUCGCUGCCUCUGUGCCAUUGACAUUCACAACAAGACGCUCUAUCACAUCACACUCUGGACCUUCCUCCUUGCCCUGGGGCACUUCCUCUCUGAGUUGUUUGUAUACGGAACUGCAGCUCCCACGGUGGGCGUCCUGGCACCCCUGAUGGUGGCAAGUUUCUCCAUCCUGGGUAUGCUAGUUGGGCUCCGUUACCUAGAAGCAGAACCAGUAUCCAGACAGAAAAAGAGAAACUGAGGCCGCAUCCACCUCCAGGACUUCAGCAAACCAAGUAGUCAGUCUUCCAUCUCUGCUGUCUUCUUCCUUCAUCAUCUCUGCUCUUUUAAUUUCUUCUUUUCUGUUCUAUCAGCAGUCCCUUUAUUCACUUUUAGCCUCUUAAGUUUUUUUUUAUAUUUUUAAAAUUUUAAGAUAUGACAUGCAUACAGAAAAGUAUAUAACAUGAAUGUACAAUGUAAAGAAUAAUUUUAAAUGCUCUGUAACUCCAUCCAAGUCAAAGUGCCAGCACCUCAGAAGCCCACUGUGUGUCUUCUCCCUUCCUGCACCCUCUUCCAGGCUCCCUUUUCCAGCCUUCUGCUCGCUUUCCCUUUUGUUUUCAUUCCUUGAUUUGACUUGUGUGGUGGGAACAUGUGAACUGUGGAAAUUUAAGCUGCUGCCCACCCAGAGCAGCUGUGACCAAGGGCUGCUUCAAGAGGCUGUCCAUACAGGUUGGGCUCCUCUCUGCUGCUGGACCCAAGACUCUGAACUAUCCAAGGGACAGGCAGUUCUUCUAAGAAGGGCUCUCCUGUGCAUGACCAUGGCGCUCCUUCUGUCUACAGAAGGAUGAGGGUUGGAAGAGUCUGGGAUGUUUUUAGACCUUCUGCUCAGUUGUAUUUGUAUAACAAGCACAAAUACAAUAAACAGAAAAACC